AUGAAUAACGAUACAAAAGCAGUAGAUGACGUCAUGCUAUCCAAAUCAAGAAAAAUCGCUAGUAAUGGUAAACAAACUAAAAACAAUUGGGCUGGAGAUCUAGCGAUACUGAAUCUUAACCAAUGGGCAUCCAUGGUCAAACAAUUUGAAGAAAUCCUCAAAGACAUAAAAAUGAGCGCUACUUUAUAUACAAGCAUAUUAGUGGUACCACCAGUAGAUCAAUGGUAUAAGCUAAUAAAAGAAUAUCAUGAAUCGGCUGUAGGCGGGCAUCGUGGUAUUAACAAAUCAUAUAGCAAAAUAGCAAAGGAUUUCUAUUGGCGAAAUAUGAGACCAGACGACUGGCUAACCAAAUACAUAGUACUAGCCCCCGUACAGAAAGCAACAGCAGAGGAAACAGUAAGAGCCCUAAUGGACGAAUUCAUACCGUACUUCGGAGCCCCAGAAAAAUUAUUGAGGGAAGUUUUGCACGUUGGUCGAAUACUAGUUCCUUACCACCCCCAAAGCAAUGGCGCAAUCAAACGGAUGCAUCACGUCUUGACGAAAUAUUUGAAAGCAUACGUCAGCCAGACUGAAAAAUGGGACGAAGUAUUACCACUGUGCGCACUGGCAUACAACACAUCAGAGCAUGAGAGCACAGGAUACUCCCCAUACGAACUAGUAUUUGACCAACGUGCAAAACUUCCCUCAAGCUUUAAACAGCCAGAAAAAGGACAUACGUAUACGGCACUGCUAGAACAAAUAACAGAGAACCUUACGCAACUACGAACGCUAGCAGCAAUGACACAGACACAACAUAAGUACAAAUCAAAAUACUAA